AUGUCCACGGGCAUCAGUCCCGUUCACAUCGGCAUGUUGAAGUCCGUCGGCCACCUCGUCAAGGCCUGUGCGCAGCCGCUCUGGGCGGUUAUUGCUGAUCGUCAGAGCACACUAGAUCGAGAGAACCAGCUCUUCUCGUUCUCCUCCCUCGCGCUGAUCGCGUCCAUCUUCUCAAUGGAGAUCUACAGGAGGUGCGUACAGUCGGACCUUUACGUGCUGUUCAUGGCGCGGAUCGCACUGGCUUCGCUCUCAGCGGGGCUUUCGUUGGUGGAUGUAAUCAUAGCGGACCUUUCCUCCAGGAGCAGGGAGGGAUACGGCAAGAAUAGGAUGUUCUACUCUGUGUCUUGGUGUGGGCUAUCUCUCCUGGGAGGAGUGCUCAUCGACAAGUUUGGGAUCGGCGUGAUCUUCCUGUGCACAUACGUGUUCAGAGCCUGCCUGACGAUGACUCUCUGCUACCUGCAGUACACGAUGCCAUCGCCCCAUGACGGUUCAGAGCUCGAGGCCCUCGACAAGGAGUCCGGGGGAGGGGACGGAAGUGACGCUGGAGGGGCGACGGGCGAUAGGGCGGCAGUGGUGGGGUAUCGAGAACUCCUGCAGGAGAGGGUCGUCAGGGAUCUUCUCCUCUCCAACUUCAUCUACGGGUUCGUCUACGUGGUCCCGACAACCAUCACAGUGAUGCAGCUGGAGGACCAGUUCGAGACCGGGAGGACUUUCAUCGGGGCCGUGGGCGGGGUGAUCAUCUUCGGCACGCUGCCAGCGUUCUGGUUCAGCAAGAGUAUCCUGGACAAGGUCGGGCUGAUGGAAACUCAGAACUGGACCAUGCUCCUGUUCGCGGUCGUGCUGUUCCUCUACUCGUUCGUCACGCAGCAGACGGUCUACGCCUUCCUCGUCCUCUCAGCUGUCAAAGGGGCACUGUUCGCACUCUUCACCACCGCAAGCGUGGAGUCUGCCACUGUGAACGUGGACUCGCGCUUCUUCGUGGUGACUCAAUCUGCCAUCAGCUGGUGCCACUACACCUUCGGCGCGGGUAUCGGAAACAUUUUCUGGGCCUUCAUCUACCAGAAGCUGGGUUCCACUGCCGUCUACCAGUUUGCCUCGAUAUUCAUGCUCGUCACCUACAUCCUGUUCACCGAGACCUCGAGGGUGGCGAAGGCCCUGAGCAUGAGCGUUAUCCUCGUCGCUGUCCUGGUGGGUUGGAAGUUUAUCGGUGAAUUUCUGGAGGACUGA